AUGUUAGUAUUAUUUGAAACUCCAGCGGGAUAUGCUAUUUUUAAGUUACUUGAUGAAAAUAGAUUAACAGAAGUAGAAAAUCUUUAUCAUGAUUUUGAAACACCUGAAGCAGCUAGUAAAAUUGUGAAGUUGAAGCAUUUUGAAAAGUUUGCAGAUACUACUGAAGCUCUUGUGGCAACAACAGCUGCAGUAGAAGGUAAAUUGUGCAAAUCAUUAAAAAAAGUACUUAAAAGACAUUGCAGUGAACUUCAAGAACAGUUAGCUGUAGCUGAUACUAAACUGGGUAAUGCUAUAAAGGAUAAACUUAGUUUGUCUUGCAUCAGCAACACUGCUAUACAAGAAUUAAUGAGAUGCAUAAGAAGUCAAAUAGAUAGCUUAUUGGCUGGUCUGCCAAAAAAAGAAAUAACAGCAAUGGCACUAGGUUUAGCACAUAGUCUUUCCAGGUAUAAAUUGAAAUUUUCACCUGACAAAAUUGAUACUAUGAUAAUACAAGCUGUUUGUCUGUUAGAUGAUUUAGACAAAGAAUUAAAUAACUAUAUUAUGCGUUGUCAUGAAUGGUAUGGUUGGCAUUUUCCAGAACUUGGAAAGAUCAUUACAGACAAUAUAGCAUUUGUUAAAACGGUAAAAGUAAUUGGAACUAGAGAAAAUACCAUAAAUUCAGAUUUAUCUGAUAUUUUACCAGAAGAUAUAGAGGAGAAAGUAAAAGAAGCUGCUGAAAUAUCUAUGGGAACUGAAAUUUCUGAAGAUGAUAUUUUAAACAUUCAACAUUUAUGUGAUCAAGUUAUUGAAAUUUCUCAAUAUAGAGCACAAUUAUAUGACUAUCUUAAGGCAAGAAUGAUGGCAAUGGCACCAAAUUUAACUGUACUUGUUGGAGAGUUAGUGGGAGCUCGUUUAAUUUCACAUGCUGGUUCUUUAAUUAAUCUUGCCAAGCAUCCAGCAUCUACUGUACAAAUACUUGGCGCAGAGAAAGCUCUUUUUAGGGCAUUAAAAACUAAAAAGGAUACUCCCAAAUAUGGUUUAAUUUAUCAUGCACAACUUGUUGGGCAAUCUUCAACAAAAAAUAAGGGAAAAAUGUCUCGAAUGUUAGCAGCUAAAGCUUCAUUAGCAACUAGAGUAGAUGCAUUAGGAGAAGAUGGAAACUUUGAUCUUGGUGCUGAACAUAAAGCUAAAUUAGAAGCACGUUUGAGGAUAUUAGAAGAAGGAAAUCUUCGUAGAAUUAGUGGAACAGGUAAAGCAAAAGCAAAAUUUGAAAAAUAUCACACUAAAAGUGAAUAUAUUCAAUACCCUGCUGCUGCUGAUACAACUCUUCCAAGUGGAAAAAGAAGACAUUCCCAAACUGAAGAUAAAAAGCCAUUAAUUGAAGAAAUUACAAAACCAGACGAAGAAGUACCUAAGAAAAAGAAAAAAAAGGAAGUUAGCGAUAAUGCAGGUGAAUCAGUAAUGGAACAAGAAGUUAAGCCAGUAGAAGAAAUUUUAAUACCAAAGAAGAAAAAAAAGAAAAUUAAAUUAGAAGAAACAGAGGGAGGCAGUACUGAAUGUGAAAAUGUCAAAUCUGAAAAAGAAGAAAAAACAUUAGAAAAAGGUCCCGAAACAUCAGGGGAGCAAGUAAAAAAGAAAAAGAAGAAAAAAGAUAAAGAUCAGGAAACUGAAGGCACUAUAUUUCCAAGCGAAGAAACGGGCGAAAAAACUGUAGCUGAGAAAAAAAAGAAAAAGAAAAAGAAAUCUCAAGAUGAAUAA